GUUUUCCCAAGAAUUUCACAAGACCAGUUGUUAAGAUGGAAGUUAAAAUUGUGUCAAGAGAACUCAUAAAACCAUCUUCACCAGCAGCCCAAUCCCAGAAACCCUACAAACUCUGCCUUUUGGACCAGCUUACUCCUCACUACUAUACACCGAUGAUCCUCUUCUACCUCAUGAAUCCUUCUCAUUCCACCAUAGCCUUGUCUCACCUGAAGAAUUCUCUUUCAAAGACCCUUAAUCUUUAUUAUCCUUUCUGUGGAAGGAUAAGAGAUGACCUCUAUAUUGAUCGUUUCAAUGAAGGUGUUCCAUUCUUGGAAGCCCAAGUUAAUUGCCGCAUGUCUGAUUUCCUUAGACACCAUGAUAUUGAGUAUCUGAACCAUUUUCUUCCAUGCCAGCCCUUUACCAAGGAAUCAGACAUGAACACACCUCUCCUUGCAGUCCAGGUGACCAUGUUUACUUGUGGAGGAAUAGCAGUAUCCAUGUGUGCGUCACACAAGCUCUGCGAUGGAAAUACUGGUAGGGCUUUUAUCAAUACUUUGGCUUCUGUGUCCCUUGGAGAUCUUAAUGGUGUUAGCCUCCCAAACCUCAGUGAGGCAUCGCUGUUUUUUCCACCAACCACUAAGUUUCCACAAAAUCAUUUAUCUCUCAUGGAUAGCUUGUGGUUCACAGAAGGUAACUAUAUUACAAGGAGAUUUGUGUUUGAUGCAAAAGCAAUAGCUGCUCUAAGGGCUAAUGCAGAAGAAAAGCUUAAGGCUAGGCCUUCACGUAUUGAGACAAUAUCUUGUUUCAUUUGGAAAUGCUGUAUGGCAGCUUCAAAGGCAGUUUCAGGUUCAACCAAACCAUCCAUUUUGCUUGAAGCAAUGAAUCUCCGGCCACAUACUAAGCCCCCCAUGUCUAAUUCUUCUAUUGGUAAUCUCUUUUGGUGGGCUCCAGCAGUUGCUCACCCAAACGACACAAACACAGAGAUGCAUGAACUCAUAAAGCUAGCGAGCGAAGCUAUUAAACUGUAUAAGAGUGAUUUCUCACAGGCAUUACAAGGUGAUGGUGGGCUUGAAACUAUGUCUGAACACUUGAACCAGCUAGAAGAGUUGGUUUCCUUGGAGAAAGCAGACAUAUUUGCAUUUACAAGUUGGUGUUAUCUUGGUCUCACAAAGCUUAAUUUUGGAUGGGGAGAGCCCUAUUGGUUUGCUUUCAUGGGAAAAGUUGGUCCUGCAUUUAGAAACCUCACUCUGUUAAUUGAAACGAAAGAUGGUAAAGGGAUUGAGGCGUGGAUCACCUUAGAUAAAGAAAAAAUGAGUAUUGUAGAAAAUGAUCCUGAGUUCCUAGCUUUUGCCUCGUCAAAUCCCAAAAUUUCAAGCCUGUAACCUUUGUUUAAUUGUUCUAGUUAGCCAGUCAUCUUUAAGAUGAUCAUCAAUAAAUCAAGUCAUUAGAAGGCACCUUUGGUAGGUUGUUUUAUGGUUGGCAGCUGGGCUUUGUGCUUCUUACAAAGUUUCUCUCUGUUAUUAAAAAAUUUGUCAGCCUAUCAAUUUACCCAUUUAAUUUUAAUUUCCUUCUUGAAAA